AUGAACAAUUAAGAAAGUCUAGUUUAGCAAUAAAGAGUUAUUGAGAAAAAGAAGGUUCAAUCGGAAUGGCUAAAAGGGAUGUCUAAGCAGGAAUAUGAAGAUUUUAUAAAUAAUGCUUUUUAUUUAGAAAAAAGACUCUCAAUCUUUGCAUAAUUAAAGCAAAAUUCGACUCAAAUGAAGCAACUAGAAUCAGAAAUAACUAAUUUAUAAAAUAUUAAAUACAACAGGGAAUAUAUGAAGAAUGCUAACAUCAUUUCUAAUGGGAUUGAUUAAGCUUUUUAAGCAAGCGCAGAAUAAAUUAAAUAUUUUGAAAUGGAAAAAAUAGGUAAAAAAGGUGGAAGUCUGAUUAAAAGAUCAGUAUUUUUUAAUGGCGAAUAAAUAUUUUAAGCAAAAAAUUUGAACUCAAAGAAUCCAAUCUAAAGACUCCUUGAUUUUCCAUAAUCAUUUGUGUUUGAGAGUUUUGAUACAUUUUCAAAUCUUAAUGCCUAAUCAAAGCUCAAGGAGCUCCCAUGGACAAAAUCUGUAGUGUAAAAAUAAUCUCGUUUACUCUUCUUCUACUAAAAUAGAGUUAAGGGAAUGGCAAUUUAUUUUGACACUGUCGAAUAAGGAAUCGCAGUCAGGGAUUAUCUUAUCAGCAUUAGAGCGAUCAAGAAUCAGUAAUAAAUAAAUAGUACGUUGCAAAAGCUAUCAAAAAUAUUCUAUCUUAGAGCAGCUUCAAGUUUUAGAGAAGUCUUAAAAGAAAAUUUUGAUUAUAGAUGUAAGAUAAGAAUGUAGUCUCUAUAGUCUAAUAAAUUACUUUAGAAGCUUGAUCAAAUAGUUGUGAAAUGUUUUAUGAAUACAGCCAGUAUGAUAACCUAAUUUAAGAGAGCUCAAUUUAUCUAUGAAUAAGAAAAAUAAAUAUAAUUGUUAAAGUAGUAAUAGGAGAACGAAUAGCUUAUUAUUGAGUAACAAAAAGAAUAGUAGUAAUUCUUUAGCACAGAAGAAAUUCUUUCAAAAUAAGUACAAGGCUCUCAUUCUCAAAGUGAUAUAGUUAGCCAUAAUAAUAAAUCAAAUUUAUCAGCUAAUUAAAAUCAAAAUGAUUUUUCACAGUAAAAGAAAUAAAUGUGGGCUCUAAGUUAAAAUCAAUUUAUUCAAUAGUUUGAUAACUUGGUUUUAAUCUAGUUUGUUGAUUAUUGGAAACAAGUAGCAGCUAAGAAGAAGUAGGAAAUUGAGAAUCAAAAGAAAACAAUAAUUUUUACUUUUUAAGAAAUAGAACUUGAAUCUAAAAUAGAUUUAAUUAAACCUAUUCUUUCUAUUUAGUUGAUUAAGGAAAAUGAAAAUUUUGAUUUACGAAUUGUCAACGAUUAAUAAUUAUCAAGUAAUAAUGAAGGGGUUUAUUUUCAAACAGAAUUGCAAUGUAGAGUAAAGAAUAAAUUAAAUCCAAGCACAAUUAGCUGGUAUUUGUUUAAUAUUGAUUCUACUGUUUAGCAGUCUUAACCUCACUACAAAGGACCUAGUGAGAAUUUGAUUUUGCCCUUUUAAAAUACUAUUUAAAUUAGAGAUAGUUAAAUGAGUUAUGAAUUAAAAAUAAACAAUUAUGAUUUAAAUGAUUCCUUAGUGAUUGAGUUAAGAGAUUUAGGGUCUGCAGAUAAGUAACAAAAAGCUAAAGGAAAAUUUUACUUUUCAGAACUUUGUGUAGAUUAAAAUAUCGGAAAGAGGAAUUGGAUUAAUUUGGAUUUUAGAAAUUUCCUGUUUAGUUAAGAUACUUAAUUGCCAAUUAUUAAAUUAGACAGUUUCAUAUCACCUUCCCUCAUACCAAAUGCAAAAAAUUUUGAUGAUAUUGUAACAUAUUAUGUUGAUUACAACUUACCAUUCAUAGAUCCUAUUUAUGGUGAGUCAAUAUAGUUUCCAAAUUUAACCAAAAAAAAAGUAAAAAUAAUGUAAAAAACACUUGAAAAGAAGGAGAUUAUCAAUGAUGAAUUAAAAUAUUUAAAAUUUAUUGAUCAGCGUGAAAUUUUUAUUCUCAAAAAGAUUAAGAAAAAUGCCAUUUUAAAGUUUAACAAACAAAUAUCACUAGAAAAUGCACGUUUAAAAAAAAAUAUUGACUUAAUUGUUUAGCUUUAAGAGCUUCUGUUAAAAGUUAGAGAAGCAAAUACUCCAUCAAACGCAAGUCUUGCUUAUCCUCCUUCUUCCCCAACAAGAAGACUAAACCACGAUGAUGAUAGAGAUGAUUUCGGAAGUGUUACUCUCAGCAGACUGCUAUCAGAAAGAAAAGCAUGGAGACAAAAAUGCCCUUAGGCAUACACUUUACUUGAAGAAAUUUGCAAAGAAGGUAUCCCUAACUAUAUGAGAAUGUAGAUUUGGAAAAGCUUAAGCAGAGUUUAAGAGUUAAAGAUUAUUUCUGAGAGAGCGUGGUCUUAAUUUACAAGUAUAAGAAAUUAUUACAGCCAUAAUUAGGUUUCAUUAAAAACGGCUGCUGAGGAAGAUAUUCAAUUAACCCUGUAUGAGCAUUUCCUAAGAGGAUCAACUGAAAACUAUUUAGUGCUUCAGUAACAAAUUAAGGAUGACAUUACUUAUUAUUUAAAAAAGCAUACUAACAGAUCAGUUCACUCUUUAACUAUGAGCUAAAUAGAAAAUAUUAUGAAUGCUUUCAUUUUUUGGAGCAUUAUUUUGGGCUCUGACUCGAACUCUUCCCACUUUUCAUAUAUAAACUAUUCAGCAGAUCUGAUUGAAAUUUGUGACAAGAUCGGCAUUUAUUAUAUUAGCUAAUCACUUGCUUAUGAUGAAAUAUAAAUAGACUAAGACUUCAUUGAAUUUAAGAAGGAAGAAGAAGUCUUUUGGCUACUAGUUAGCAUAGUCUAUUUCAUAUUAAAAAAUUACUAUAGAUUUAAUCCAAAUAUAUAGCAUGAAGGUAUGAGAGGAUCGUUUAAAAUCAAAGACUAUAUGCCUAAUAUGUUCCCACCUCUUUAAAGUAAUAAGUUAGUUGGUUUAAAAGCAGAGCUGUUACUUUUAAAGAUUUUAAUCAAAGAAAACAUACCAGAUUUGGCAAUGAAACUCAAUGAAGUAGGAUUGCCAACUGAAUAUUACUUUUCUUCUCAUCUACUCACCAUGUUUUCUAGUCUAUUUAGUACCGAUAUUGUCUUCAGAAUCUGGGACAUACUAUUAUUUGAAAGUGCCUUGGAGCAUGAAGGACAUACUAAUAUUCUAAUGCUUUCAGUGAUAAUAACUUUGCUUUAACAUUCUAAGGAAGAUAUAAUAAAAUGCUCAAGAGCCUCUGAAGUUGAGAUGGUUCUAAAAAUACAUGGCUUUUUCGUUAUGUCAUCAAGCGAAUUUAUCAAAUAAGUUUUAGAAAACAAGAAAAAAUUUGUAGAAAAGCUAGCAUUUUACUUAAAUAUUUUAUUAAAUUUGGAGGACGAGCUUAAAGUGCACUACAAUUCUAGAUUAUUGCUUAAUUAGCAAAUUAAUUGUUAUGUUAAUGCUAAAAGCGAAUUCGAUAAAUGCGAUUCAAUACAAAUUGAUGAAACCUAUAAAAUAGUUGAAAAAUUAAAAGAAAGAGACAAUAAAAGGAAGUAUGCUAUGGAUCAAAAAUCAGGUGAAGAUCCUGAUGAUUCUCUAGAAAUACCAGAUUAGUUUGAUGAUGAAAAUGAAAGAGAAAUGUACCAGCUAGCAGACAAUAAAUUUUUAAAUCACAUGAUAAACAAAGCAGCACAAUAAUAAUCAAACUUGAACACCCUAGGCGGAGCCUUUAUGACUCAGCCUGAUUUGCAACAAAUGAAUACUAUGAAUUUAACAAAUCAAACAACAAUGAACAAUAAUUUCAAUCUAGAUUUUUUUAAUCAAUACCAAGACGUUGAUCAGUAUCAAGUUUAGUAAUAGUAAUAAGCGUCUUAAUUGACAAUUUUUAGAAAGCCACAGCUGAGGAGAAUCUUUUUGUACUUUCACAAACUAAAGCUAUUUUGGGCAGAAAAUACAGAAAUAGUGAUGGAAAUAAACUAUGAAUAGUAGUUCAAAUAAGAUAUAAAGAUAAUAGUUGAUACAUGUAUAUUCUUAAAUCACUAUGAGGAAUUCUAAUACAUCGAAGGUUAUGAUAAAAUAGCAAUCCGUCUUUACGAGGAUCCUAAGAGCAUAAAUACAGAGCUUUAAGGAUAAAAAAGGCUAAUAAAAGAAUGUAUAAUUAACCUUAACUAUUACUAUCCUGAUUAUCUGAUAAAGACAACAUUAUUACUUGAUGAUAUUUGUGCUUUCAGACAAGCAAUACAUAAUUACACUACAAGUGAGAUUGAUAUUUCUGUUAUUUUGCUCUCUGAUAAAUACACCUAAUAAAUAUAAUCUCCUUUUCCAAUUAACAACUUACCUCUUUAUACAAUUAGAAACCAAGUAAGUUUAGCCUUACAAAAUCAUCCUACUAAAUUAGUUAAUUACUUAUUUAAAAUUGAUGAUAAAACUAAAACAACUGAUUUUAAUACCUUGAGAUAGUUUUUUAGAAGUGAUAUAUAAAACAUACCUAUUUUUAGUGCUAUUUCUCACUAUUCAUUAGAGUCCUCAUAAAAAAUUAAUUGGAGACUAAAUUCUGAGACAACUUUCGAAGUGAUGAAAAUGUUCUUGAAAAUAUCUCUAAAUGAUGGGAGUAUUAGUGGUUUGAGUAAUGUAAACUUUUUGAGAACUGUGUUUGACUUUCAUGUGAUAAAUAAUCCAAAUAAGACAUUUUAUUUCAUGGAUUUUAUUGUUUCAAUCAUACUUUUUUCUACAUCUACUUUUAAGCAAAAAUUAUACCUUUUUUUUGACCUGCUUUAAGUCUUUGAUUCUUAAAGAGAUUAAGAAUAACUUGUUCAUAUGAACACUGUUUUAGAAUUUGUGAAAUAUAUUUACGAUAUGUUCAUGAUUUAUAUUCCUGAUAACUAAAUUUAUGAUAUGGUUGAAUACGCGAUAUUGGGAUCUGUAAAUAGAGUAGUUAAGGCUGAACUGACAGUUAGAGAUAAUGACAAUAUUGUAAUAGAUGUGACAAAAGAAAUUAUUAAUAUGCAAAAUUAAAACAAUUUGGCAGUAAAGUGUAAAGACAUAUUCUUAGGUGGUAGCAAUAGUUUAAGUAUACUGAAGAACUUGCUAGAUGAAAAAAUUAAGAACUAAAUCGAAGGACUCAACAACUCAUAAUAUAUGCUAAAUAUAAAAUAUAGAGUUGAAGGUAUAUUAACAAAGUUUACUUGUUUGAUAGACAAAGACUGGAAAGUAACUAAGAGAAUAAUUCUUGACAAAAGACCAGAUCUUCCCUACAAAAAACCAGAUGACUCAUAACCCAUUCAAUAAAUAAUGCAUAACAAUGAAAAUCUUAUUUCCCUUUCAAAUUAAAAUCUAAAAGUCUCAAAGAAGCAAUUUAUAGAAAUAAUGGAGAAAUUACCUAUACUAAGAUAUUUAGUGAACUUUUAAAACUCUAUAACUUAGGUGACAAAUGUCUCAAAAACUUUAAACUAAGACUAAUUUGCACUUCCAACAAGAAAAAUAUUAAUUAAUUAAAUCCAAGUAAAUUUUACAGUUAUGGUUAACAGUAAAGUAAUUGCAGUAAUUAAUGUGAUAGAUGACAAACAAAAGAGAUUGUUUAACUCUAGAUUAAAUUAAAGACUGAAGUUUAUAAACAAACCAGAUGUGGAAGACCCCAUUCUUGGUACUGGACCUCUUAUGUAAAAAAGAUAAAGUAAUUUGAAAUAAAGUCUAAAUUAAAGUGUAGAACUUGUUUAAUAGCAUACCCUGGAAUCACUAAAAGAGGAUUAUUAACAUUUAAUUAUAGAAUUGAAAUAAAAAAGAUAGAACAUUUAAUAUAGUAAUAACAGAUCUGAGAUCAAUUAAUUUAUUUAUAACAGCACUGACCUCAGCUAAGUCGUUAACCUGAAAACUUCUCUGUCCUUCUAUUCGGGAAUGGAUAUAGUAAUUCUUAUAAUACAGAACCUUAUUCUUCAAGAAACUAUAAAUUAGCUUGAUGUUGGUCAAACAUUUUUGCUAGCCCUUGACUUUGAAAAAACAAUAAUUGAAUUAUUUUUACAAAACUAAAAACUGACUGAGUAUCAAGAGAAAUCAAUUUAUGAUUAUGCUUUGCUCAACUCAAAUUAAACUCUCAAUUUUAAAAUGGUGUGCUAAUAUAAUAUUCCUUCCAAGCUAAAUAUAUAAAUUCAGCAAAAAAUCAACUAAGAAAUAUUUAAUAUUGAUUAAGAGUUCAACUAGUUGGCUAAAUUUAGAUAUUCUGAAUUCCUCAGCGAAUACAUGCCUUGCCAAAUUGUGAUGAAGUAAACUUCCUGUAAAAAAGUUAAACUAAUGUACAGUGACAUAUCAAACUUUAUUGUUAGAUUUAAGCAUUUAUAAAAGAAUCUCUUUCUCAAAAAACCAAGCGAUGUGCUUAUCAUCACUAAAAUUGAUCUAAAUGAGCUAGAAGAAAAAUAAUCAUAAGAAUACAAUGAAGAGUAUAUACAUCAAUGA